AUGUGGAAAAUCAGAGCCAAUCCCAAGAACAUCCUUUGCUUAGCACUGUUUUUCAGUCUUACCCAUUUCUCAAUCUGCAGUGGAGUUUCAGUUCUGGACCUCAAAUCACUGAAAAACAGUGAAGUUGAUAUGAUGGUAGGAGGAGGUGUCUGCAACCAGAAGGUAGAGAAAUGCUUAACAGAGGUUGAAGAAAUGAUGGAUUCAGAGACAAAUAGAAGAAUUCUUGCAAUGCAGAAGAGGUUUAUAAGCUAUGAAACACUAAGGAGGGAUAUGAUUCCCUGUGCAACACCUGGAGCUCCAUACUACAAUUGUCAUCCUGGAGCAGCAAAUCCUUACAAUAGAGGCUGCGAGGUCAUUACUAGAUGUGCAAGAGGUAUCAACAAAAACAAUUAG